AUGGCCAUGGAGGCAAAGAGUGGACUGUGGGUGCUGACACCCCCACAGACUUCGGGUUUGAAGCUCCAAAGCUUGGACUGGAUGCUGCUGGCGUUGAGGUGGGACAUCUGUGGUGGUGGCCUUAUGCUCACAGUUGGAUGUCCCACAGUAACCAUCCUCUCCAUCCCAUUCACAGCCCAGGCCAAGGGGCCAGCCCCCAGCCCUGAGCCCUCUGAGCCCCCUGGUGCCGCGAUGCUGCCCGUGAGCUACCGCCUAUCCAACACCCGCUUGGCCUUCUUCCUCAAGGAGGUGGGGGCCAGCCCCCCGGCCAACAGCAGCACCCCUCUGCAACGAUCCGAGCCCUUCGUCGUCUUCCAGACCAAGGAGCUGCCCGUGCUCAAUGUCACCCUGGGACCCUUUAGCACAGGGUUGGUGCUGCCCAAGGAGCACCUGCAGCCUUCCAGCACCCUGGAAGUCCCCAACCGCCUCACAGUCAACUGGAAGGUGCGCGCCUUCAUCAUCCAACCCCGGUUGGUGGCCAACCAGCCCGUGGUCCAAGUGCUCUUCUACGUGGCCGGUCGGGAUUGGGAUGAUUUCGACGUCACCGAUCGGUUGCCCUGCGUCAGGCUUCAUGCCUUCCGCGAUGCCCGCGAGAUCAAGAGUUCGUGCCGGCUGCGGGGCAGCCUGGCCACCUGCCUGGUGCAGGCUGAGCUGCCUCACGCCUGGUUCCGGCCCGCCGCUGUGCCACUGGGUCGCAGGAAGGGCCCUGAAGGCAUGGAGGUGCCAGGUGAGAGCCAACAAGUCGAGCUCUACUACACUCUUCACACCCCCGAUGGGGCCGGGCAGUGCCUUGGGGACACAUCGGCAUCAUCCCCUCGUCGAGGGAGUGGAGGGGCAAGGACUGAGGGUCCCACACAGCACCCACUGUUGCGCAUCGGUAGUGUCAGCCUCCUGCAGCCUCCCCCUGCACAGCCCAUGCAGGAGCAUCGGUUGGAUGGCAAUGUCUUCAUCCGCCUGCCUGACCGGCCUCUGAAGCCGGGUGAGGUGCUGAGCAUCCUGCUCUACCUGAUGUCCAACUCCACGGUGGAGCACUUCACCCUCAGGGUGAAGGCCAAGAAAGGUGUCAACCUGCUCAGCACCAAGUCGAGGAGUGGGCAGUGGCUGGUGAGCUCAGAGCUGCUGACAGGUGGCAAACACUCCACGGCCACCGUUGACGUGGCCAAGGUGGAAGGCACUGGGCCCAGGGAUGGAGAAUCCUCCUCUGAGAUCAUGCAGCUGGAUUUCGAGAUGGAGAACUUCACCAGCCAGUCGGUGACACGCCGCAUCAUGUGGCACAUCGACUACCGGGGCCGUAACCCCCCGCCUGACCUGGAAAAGGUGGUGACAGAGCUGACGGUCAUCCAGAGGGACAUCCGGGCCAUUGUGCCCCUGGCCAUGGACACGGAAAUCAUCAACACAGCCAUCCUGACGGGCCGAACAGUGGCCAUUCCUGUGAAGGUCAUUGCAAUUGAGUUGAGUGGUGUUAUCGUGGACGUCUCAGCCAUGGUGGAGUGCAAAUCCAACAAUGAAGACAUCAUCAAGGUCUCCAGCAGCUGUGACUACGUCUUUGUCAGUGGGAAGGAAUCGCGGGGCUCCAUGAGUGCCCGGGUCACCUUCACCUACGAGCACCUCUCUGCCCCGCUGGAGAUGACAGUGUGGGUGCCCAAACUGCCGCUGCACAUCGAGCUCUCAGACUCACGGCUGAGCCAAGUGAAGGGCUGGAGGGUGCCCAUCCUGCCGGACAGGAGGUCAGUGCGGGACAGCGAGCACGAGGAGGAUGAAGAGGAGCGGAAGCAGAGCCGGGGCUGUGCCCUGCAGUACCAGCAUGCCACACUGCAGGUCUUCACCCAGUUCCACACCACAGCGGCAGAGGGCACGGGGCAGGUGGUCACCAUGCUGGGACCCGACUGGCUGGUGGAGGUUACCGACCUGGUCAGUGACUUCAUGCGCGUGGAUGACCCGCGGGUGGCCCACCUGGUGGACAGCUUCACACUGGCUGGCAGAGAGCCGGGCACCACGCUCUUUAAGGUCGUGUCCCCGCUCAUGGAGGCAGUGCUGGGUGAGACACUGGUGACGGUGGCGGAGGAGAAGGUCAGCAUCACAGACCUGAAGGCCCAGGUGGUCUCCAGCCUCUCACUGUCCCUCCACCCCAGCCCUGGAAAUAGCCACACCAUCAUUGCUCGCACGGCUGCCCAGCAGACCCUCAGCUUCCUCAAGCAGGAAGCGCUCCUGAGCCUGUGGAUUUCCUACAGCGACGGCACCACAGCCCCUCUUUCCCUCUACGAUCCCAAGGACUACAACCUGGUGGUGAGCAGCCUGGAUGAGAAGGUGGUGACAGUGACCCACGACCAAGCCUUCCCCUUGGUGGUGGCGGAGAGCGAGGGUGUGGGGGAAUUGCUGCGGGCCGAGCUGGUCAUCUGCGAGAGCUGCCAGAAAACCAAGCGUAAGAGCGUGCUCUUCACAGCCCUGGCCAGUGUGCGGGUCCAUUUUGGCUCCGAGGAGGACCCUACCUAUGACUAUGACCACGUUCCCAGCAGACCAGGGCUGGAGACGGGGUCAAGCACCACUCUGCGGGCAGAGGUGGAGAGAAAAGCGGAGCCGAGCGAGGACAGUAGGAUGCCCAGUGCAUCUCACCCCACAGAGGACUUCCCCACCAUCCCCACUGGCUUUGUCCAAGUGACCCGGGGGCUGACGGACCUGGAGAUAGGCAUGUAUGCCCUUCUGGGCGUCUUCUGUCUGGCCAUCUUGGUUUUCCUCAUAAACUGCAUUGUCUUUGUGCUGAAAUACCGGCACAAACGCAUCCCACCCGAAGGUCAGACCAACAUGGACCACUCCCACCACUGGGUCUUCCUGGGCAAUGGGCAACCCUUGCGGGCUCACAAUGACCUCUCCCCACAGCCUGAGAGCCCCGGGAACCCCCUGGAAAAUGUGCAGACCUGCUGCCAUGCAGACCACCACAGCAGUGGGAGCUCACAGACCAGUGUGCAAAGCCAGGUCCAUGGUCGUGGGGACGGUUCCUCGGGGGGUUCCACACGGGAUCAGAGUGAGGACCCCCUCAACUCACCCACUUCCAAACGGAAGCGGGUGAAGUUCACCACCUUCGCCACGCUGCCCACUGAUGAGCUGGCUUACAACUCCAUCCCCAUCGCCGAUGAGGAGGACUUGGAGUGGGUCUGCCAGGACAUGGGGCUGCAAGACCCCGAAGAGCUUCACAACUACAUCCGCAGAAUCAAAGAGAUCGCUUAACGCAGGGGCAGAGGGGAUGGGGUGGGAGGGAGGGGGCUGCCACGCCGUGCCACACCAUGCCAUGUCACGCCACACCGGCUGCUUCCUGGGGCCUGAGACCCACGUUGGGCUCUCUCACAGGUUCCCUUUUGCACAUCUCACAUCCUCCUCACCCCAUGUGGAGUCACCUCUGGGGGCUGUUUUCUUUCUUGCCCUUUGCCGUCUGCUUGUCCCCAGGGUGGGGGCACCAAACCUGCAGUGAGCAGGAUCCACGAGGGAUGCAAGCUGUGGGCUGGAGAUGGAUGGGGAUGGAUCUUGUGAGCGUGCAAUGGUGAAUGGGGUGAGAUGAUGCUGCAGGUCCUGCGGUGCACAGAUUGGAGGAGGGGAGACAUCCUACCAGCCCGCUGCAGAGAGGUGGUGGGUGGGGGUUCCCAAAAGCCAUCCACUGUACAUGGGGGUUGCACAAUUGCUGCACCUGGUUGCACAGUUUUGGAGGUGAGCGCUGGUGUGGGGAUUUGCCAUCCUAUGGCAGUUGGGUUGUGUGGGGAAAAAGUGGGGGCAAAACCUGCAUCCCCACCUCAAGCUCACCGCCUGCUUCGUGUGGGGUGGUGACAUUAAUGUUUGCCAUCACAGCAUCCCUUGGGGACAGCCUCUGCCCCAGGGCUGCUGUUUCCUGCCCUCCCAGCACCAGGCGGGGAGAUGCUGUUGGGUCUUCGCAUUGCCCACCCAGCUCCCUGCCUGGUGGGGAUUCCCAUGCCCAUUUCCCCCAGUCCCAGCCCACUGCGGACUCCCACAGCCAGGCUCAGCCUCCGUGGUGCCUUCUGACUGCCAUAAUCUCCCUGGCCACCCCGCUCCCAGCCCCGAAGUCCCCCCUCCAUUGCAGAGCAUCCUCAGACAGGCUGACUCCAGGAGGACCACCUGGGUACCAGCGGUUGGGGUCCUACAUGUGGGCACCCAGCAAUGCCCAGCGGAGGGGGAGGCGGCAGCUGGCAGCGGAUUAUUUCUGGAUCGGAAGUUACCCACCACUGUGUCUAUUUUUUUUU